AUGCCCCGAGUAAAGGCCAUGACUACUGGAUCAGUGCCGUCGUUUCUGGAUGUAAUCCUUAAUUUUGCAGAGUCUGAUACCACAUCGACUCUGGCCCAUCAGGACACAUGGCUAGCCCAAAUCAAAGCUCGUCCCGGUGGAAAACUGCUUAUGUACGGUGACGAUACGUGGCUGAAGUUGUUCCCCGGGAUAUUUGAACGAUCUGAUGGAACGACAAGCUUUUUUGUCUCCUCGAGAAAGCUGAACGAUUUCCAGGACUUUUUUGAAGUGGACAACAAUGUUACCCGCCAUGUCCCUGUGGAAUUAAAGAAUGAGGAUUGGUCAGCAAUGAUCAUGCAUUAUUUGGGUCUCGACCAUAUCGGCCACAAGGCCGGCCCAUUAAGUCCCCAUAUGGUUCCUAAACAACGGGAAAUGGAUUCAAUUGUGAAAGAAAUCUAUACUGCAAUGGAAGAAAAUGAUCAUCUUUCUUCCACAGUGUUGGUCUUGUGUGGUGAUCAUGGGAUGAAUGAUGCUGGGAAUCAUGGUGGAGCAUCUCCCGGGGAAACCUCGCCGGCACUAACAUUUAUAGCUCCAAAACUUCGUCGUCUUCAUCAAGGAAAGGAAUGUCCGACUGUAGCGUCUUCAGACCUAAACUACUACGAUGUUGUUGAGCAAUCUGACAUUGCGCCAACUCUAGCAGGCUUGCUUGGAUUUCCGGUUUCCUUAAAUAAUUUAGGCGUCUUCAUCCCGGAACUUCUUCCGUUGUGGCCCCAAAAUAUCGGUGUUGCUGACUUCGUGCUAGAUGUCGAGAGAUUACAGCUUCUUCUAGGAAACGCAAGACAAAUUCUAAAUGUUGUCAAGGCGACAUUUCCACAGUUUAAUGAGCAAUCUGCCGUAUACUGUGGUGAAAAGGAUUUGUCAACCAGUUUGUCCAUCCUAGAAUGCCAGUGGCGGAAGGCGUCGCAGCUAGCCGUCGAUGCUAAAGAUAACGCAACUCUUCUCCCUGAUGCUGAGGCGUCUCUCGUCGAAUUUUGCCGCACGGCCCAGCGCAUUAUGAGCAAUGCUUCGAGUAAUUAUACCCUGUCAAGGCUAUAUCAGGGCACCGCAGUAGCUGCGAUUGCAGUCCUAUUAUCCCUUGUUUCGAUUUCUCAGACUCAUUUCAAUCUUACGGCGGCCUUGAAAUAUUUUAUAGGUGUCGUUGUUAGUUACUUUUUCCUAAUGUUUGCUAGUAGUUACGUGGAAGAAGAGCAGCAAUUUUGGUACUGGGUGUUGACUGGGUGGAUAUAUUACCUAUAUGUGAAAAGAUACAAUAAAUCGGGCGGCCGCUUCGAGUUUGGAGAUGCUUUAUGCGUUGCUACCUUGUCCCGGGUUGUCAGACGCUGGAACCAGACUGGCCAAAAGUUCGCUACGGAGCCUGAUAUUGGCACCACAUUCUUUUCAAAAUAUCCUGCUGUUCUAUGGAUUCUGGCUCUUUUCGCGUAUACGGAUGUGUAUCAACGACUAAGGUCUCAAGAUCCUAGGGAAAAACUCAAUAUUAUUGGGGCCCUUUUUCUCCCGUUGACAAGCUUCGCGUUUAUAUAUAAGGCUGCUUUCACGUCGGCCGAUGCGCCAGAAUUAAUCCGCCACGCUCCACUACUCUCGUCUUUGGUGAGGAGUGUGAAGGGCUUUUCGCUAAUCUUUCAAGCUCGCGUGAUAUUCUGCGGUUUGGGCGCGGCGGCGGUAUACAAUUUGUAUACGAAAUUCAAGUCAAGCCGGGAGCUUCAAAGCCGGAGCCGAAGAGCAUUCGAGACAUUAACACGGACGCUAGACUGGUCCGCUACUUUCCAUCAUCUACUCAGUCUCUUUCUUCUCACCCAAUCUCGAGCUACCAAUACCCCUCUUUUCGGCAUAUUCCAGCUCCAAGCCGACUUCCUCUCUUCUAUGGACUUAACCACUACCGAAAUAGCAAUCACAUCUCUAUUGUUCCAAUAUACAAGUUUCUUCGCCUGCGGGGGGUCCAAUGCUAUUUCAUCAAUCGAUUUAUCAAACGCCUAUAACGGGAUAAAUAGUUACAAUGUCGUACUAGUUGGAAUCCUGAUGUUCGCUAGCAACUGGGCAGGCCCUAUCUGGUGGGUAUCCGCUACCCAUUGCAUGCUUCGAGCGAAGAAGCAAGAAUCGAAGACGCGACGAGACGUCCAUGUUCAGUUGUGGACCCUGUUUAUGGCCACGGGCUUGUUGGCAGUUAUGGUGGCGUCUUUUCCGCUUACUGGACGCAUUCGCACCUCUUGCUGGAGGAAUGUCCAGAUCUCAAAACUGUUUCGCAUAGUGCCGCCUGGGAUUACCAGCGCUUCUGCUUUUGAGAAAGCCCCAUAA